GUGACAGAGUUUUGAUUGUUUCAGUGACGCAGUGAAGUUAACUCGUGUCGCACUGACCAUUCGACUUCAGUUGCCCUCUGGUGAAACAGCCAAACAUUUUGAGCAAUGUGGAUCAAACAGUUGGUCUCCGGAAUUGUCCUUUUCUGCCUUCUCCUCUUGGCAGUUGUCGAACGCCCGGACCGGCAGUGGGUGGUGUUUGCAGACGACACUGAUUUCAACAAGACUUUGCAUGAGUUUGAGGUCCGUCUCACCGGGGGCCGCUACCCGAACGAGGGCCUCUUGGAGCUCCGAUGGCCCCCCGCCCAGCCGGAGUGGGGGACUUCCUGCACGGACAUCGAGGAACCGUUCAAGGUGGGCCAUGUGGCAUGCCUGGCACUCGGCUAUCAGGCCGCCUACUCGGUGCGGGCCACGGCACCUUUCGCUCUGAACACCGGCCCGAUAUGGUUUCGGGGCAUACACUGCGGUAAGGAGGUGCUACAAGACCAUGGAAUGUUGGAGGACUGCACUCUGCAACCCUGGCACCUGAGCAAUGCUUCAUGCGACCACAGUUGGGACGUGGGUUUGGUAUGCUACACAGGCGAUGUCCGACUCGCGGAUGGCAACUCGACUAACGAGGGUCGAAUCGAGCUCCACAUCGGCGGCGACCAGUGGUUGUCUCUGUACGGCGCUUCGUCGUCGUCAGACACAACAAUGUCCGAUGUGGCGUGCCGGUAUCUGGGGUACCCCUUUGCCGUCGGUUCGUCCUCCGAGCAAGUCGACCGGGAGAGCGUGCUGUGUGGGCACGGCUUCUGCUGGGGAUCGGAGAGCUCACCGGUCGAUUGUCAGUACGACAGCAAGGCCGUACCAUGUGCGGACCUAGACUUUAUCGAAAAACCCUACGUCCAUACGAGCUUUGUGCGCCCUCGGUAA